CCCCGCUCCACUCCGCGAGUCCUCCUCGUCUCCACCACCCACCCUCUCACUCACCCACCAACCCACUGACCGACCCACGGCGAGCUAGCUGGCCGCGCCACCAGAUCGGAAUCGGAUGCCGGGGAGCGCCCCGCUGCCGCUGGGGCUCGACACGGCGGGGCUGCAGGUGCCGUGGUACUUCCGGUGCCCCAUCUCGCUGGAGCUGAUGCGCGACCCCGUCACCGUCGCCACCGGCCAGACCUACGACCGUGCCAGCAUCGAGUCAUGGGUCGCCACCGGCAACACCACCUGCCCCGUCACCCGCGCGCCGCUCGCCGACUUCACCCUCAUCCCCAACCACACCCUCCGCCGCCUCAUCCAGGAGUGGUGCGUCGCGCACCGCUCCCUCGGCGUCGAGCGGAUCCCCACGCCCAAGCAGCCCGCCGACCCUGACCUCAUCCGCUCCCUCAUCUCCCAGGGCCCCGCGCUCCCGCCACUCCGCAAGCUCAGGGCGCUCGCUAGGGAGUCCGACAAGAACCGCCUCGUCAUGGCCACGCCCGAGACCAGGGCCGCGCUCGUCGAGAUGGCGUUCGCCUCGGCCGCCGGCGACGAGGUCGAGGCGGAGGCCAUGGCGGUGCUCGCCAUGGUCGGCAUGGGGGAGGCCGAGGCCGUCGAGGUGGUCGGGAGGGGAGAGAGGGUGGCCAGGCUCGGCGAGCUCCUCGGCGGACAGGGGACGACGCUGGAGGCCAAGGUUAACGCGGGCGCCGUCGUCGAGGCGGCGGCCGCGGCGUCCGGGACGGAGGCCAGGGCGGUGCUGGGCGCGGCGGAGGGGGUCAUGGAGGGACUGGUCGCGCUGGUCGAGGAGAAGGGCAACUCGCGCGCCGUGCGCGUCGGGAUCCGCGGCCUGUUCGCGCUCUGCCUCGCCAAGGAGAACCGGCCGCGCGCCGUGGCCGCCGGAGCCGCCGCGGCGCUCGCUCGUCGCGUGGCGGAGGUCGGCGCCGGCGGCGGAGGCGGAGGCGUCGCCGUGGAGCCGGAGCGCGCGCUGGCGGCGGUGGAGCGCCUCUGCCGGACGGAGGGCGGUCGCGACGCGGUGGUCGCCGGCGCCGGGGGCGGCGCCGCGGCGGUGCGCGCGCUGGUGCGCGCCAUGUCCGGCCGCUCCGCGGAGCACGCGGCGGGCGCGCUGGUGGCCGUGGUGGGCGGAUCGGAGGCGCUCCAGGUGGAGGCUGUCCGCGCGGGCGCCAUGAGCCAGCUCCUCCUGAUGGUGCAGGGCGGCUGCUCGGAGCGCGCGAAGCGCAAGGCCCAGCACCUCCUGAAGCUCCUCCGCUCCGCCUGGCCGGCCGCCGACUCCAUCGCCAACUCCGACGACUUCCUCCAACCGUACUAACACCCCCAUUCCCCCCAUUCAUCAUAUCCACUCACGGCUCCGGCGGCCGCGGCGAUGUAUGUAGUACGGCGACGGUGGCAGUAGCAGCAGCACCACUUCAUCCACGGAGAAAAAAGCAACAAGAUUCGAUUUUUUUCUCCUCCUCAAAAUCAAAUUUCCAAAUUUUGUAUGUACAUGUAUCAGUUGGCACUAGGCGGAUCUUGAUUCAAUCAACUCAACAAAAUAGGCAUCCAAUUUUACUCUCCUCUCCUCUCCUCUCCAUUGCAUAUCUGCAUCCCCUCUUCUUCGCACAUGCAGAAGAGGAGAGGUUUCAGUUAAAAAAAAAAAAAGAGUACGAGAGGUGGAAGAGAUCGCGCAUUGAAAGGUGAGUACAGAAUGUUGCUGUUGCUGUUGGUGGUGGUGGUGGUGUGGGGCGGUGGAAUUAUUGUUGCGAUCUCGUCCGUCGUCCCGUCCUCGCACACGCACACGCGCGAACGCACGCACGCACACGCAGAUGCGCCUCUGCCGCUGCAGGUUGCAUGCUGCUGCUCCUCCUGCGUCCGCAUG